CUCUUCUGUUCCCAUCUUUUCUUUGUCUAGGUCUCUUCCACAUUUCCCAAACUGGAUGUGCCCUUACUUUUCUUCUCUGUGUCCUGGUUUCCAGGGUUCCUUGGCACCCCUUUCCAUUGUAGAAGAUAGGAGUGUUAACAUUCACCAUGUCGGAAAUUGAGGUGGAAAAUGGGACAUGUGUAAACUGGCAGAAACGUUGCCUUGCCCUGGAGACCCAGCUGUUUCGGUUCCGUCUUCAGGCCAGCAAGAUUCGGAAGCUACUGGCUGACAAGAUGCAAGAGUUGGAGCAAAGGCUCUUGGAAGCUGAGCACAGAGCAGAAGAUGCAGAAACUCAGGUGGGUGCAAUGGAGGAGAAGAUCAGACUGGUCAGUGUGAAGAGCAUUGAGCCUGAAGGCAACCUGCACCAAAAGUACCAGGAGCUACUGGAGACCAUUCGAGGGAAAGAGGAGAUCAUUAGCCACCUGCAGGCACAAGUGGAGAAGCAGGUAAAGGGAACCCUAAAGAGGAACUCUAGCCUAAAAACAAAGCACAACUAUUUGCAUGAGAAGCAGGUAGGUGGCUUAGUGAAUGGAGAGCCAGGCCUGGAGAUGGGAGAUCCUGAGUUCAAAAAGACAUAUCCAUCUCCAGUCACAGGCAUUUUUGCUGUAUUUUUUCUUCUUGCACAGCUCGAGAUGGAGAAUCAACACCUGAAAAGCUAUAAUCAGCGCCUACUGGGUCAAGUGAGGGCCCUUCAAGAGGCCCUGGGAGAUCUUUCCAUGGUGCUACCAGGGGAGUUGCUGUGGUCCUUUCAGGGAAAGUCAAAGAAGAAUUCUGUAGGUACCUAUCAUGAAAGCCAGAGAGGAGCUGUGGAAGGCAGACCAUCUGGAGACAAUGCUUCCCAGGCUCACAAUACCUUGAGAGCAACCAUCUCCUUCCCUCCUCCAGGAACCCAGCAGGAUAAAGACCUCACUCCUAAAGUAGGCAAUGCUUUGAAAGGUUCUGGAAUAGUCCUUUGCAGAGAAAUCUCAGAGGUCAAGACUCCCCAGCUUUUACCUAUGGGGACUCUGAAGCUACAGAAAUCACCUUACUUGGGUGAAGUUCUAGGUGGUUUCCAGAGAGGGGUGCCCAUUAAGCUGAGGUUCCCAGGAAAGGAAGGAGUCCUUGGCAGCAGCAUGACCCUGCCAAAGGCCCGGGCUUUCCGUAACCCCAGGGACAGCAUCCAACUUGCCAAGCGGCGUUAUAGCCAGCCCCACCUGAGAAAUGGACACUUCAACCACAUGGUAAGCAUUGAAAUUAGUGCUGUCCAGGCCUCCCAGGACCAUAGCCUUCCCAGGAAAGAAACAGACAUUGACCGGAAGAAAAGGAAAGAAUCUGAGAAGAUGGACACAGAGGAAUCCACCUUGGAUAAGAUGGAAGUCAAGGGCAAUGAGCUAAUCUCUAGGUUAAAUGAAGAAGAGCUGGAGAGACCUAGUGUUGGGGAGGUGGAGAUGGGGAAGAAGCCUCCUACACCCCCUCUGCACCGGUUCCCAUCCUGGGAGACUCGAAUUUAUGCAGUGGCCUCAUCUGGCAUGCAGCUGUCUGAGGUAUCUCCUGAAAAUGCUUCUUCUUCUUGUGCUGCAAGUUCUACCUCCCUCACCUCAACUGGGUCCUUCUACAGGCUUAUCUACAAGAAUUUCCAUGUGCCUGUUUACACCACAUUGAAGGGGAGAGCCACUCAGAUCAGCACCAUGCCCUUCCUGGAUGAAUCCUCUGGUUCUGAAGAUGACUGCAGUUCCCAAACCAGUUUCCAAACUUCCAUCACCUGCAUGGAGUCCAGGAAGACCAGUGUACCAGGCAGCCCACGGGCUAUCAAGAGAGGUGUCUCCAUAUCCUCUCUGAGCUCAGAGAGUGACUAUGCUAUUCCCCCUGAUGCCUAUUCCCUGGACAGUGACUACUCAGAACCUGAAUACAAAGUUCAACGGACCUCAAUCUAUUCCAUUGAUGAACUUGGAUCCUUUGGGGAAUCACUAGAGAAGUCAGGCUACCUACUGAAAAUGGAUAGUCGGGUGAAGACAUGGAAAAGACGUUGGUUUGUUCUAAGACACAGACAAAUCAUGUACUACAAGUCCCCGAGUGAUGUGAUCCGGAAACCACAAGGUCAAGUGGAGCUGAACUCCCACUGCCACAUUAUCCGAAGGGAAGGAGCACAGACAUUUCAGCUCAUCUCUGAGAAGAAAACCUAUUACCUGACAGCAGAUUCCCCCAACUUGCUAGAGGAGUGGAUCCGAGUACUCCAAAGCUUGCUGAAAGAACAGGCCAUUGGAUCCCCAGCCCUGCCACAAAGUGGGGCCAAGCCCACUGUGAGAGGCUGGCUGACCAAGGUAAAACAUGGUCAUUCCAAGCUGGUCUGGUGUUCUGUGAUUGGAAAAACCUUCUACUACUAUCGAAGCCACGAGGACAAGUAUCCUCUGGGCUGCUUGCCUGUUCGGGGGGCACGUAUCGAGGAGGUGGAUCGCUCCUGUGACUCAGAUGAAGACUAUGAGGCUACUGGAGGAAUGAGAAGGCUUCUCUCUUCCCACUCUACGCUAGUGAUUCACCCACCAGAACACAGUCCCACCUAUCUUCUCAUUGGUUCUAAGCAUGAGAAGGACACAUGGCUCUACCAUCUCACAGUGGCGGCAGGUAGCGGCAGUGCCAAGGUAGGCACUGCUUAUGAGCAGCUUAUUGGAAAACUGAUGGAUGGAGAGGGGGAUCCAGGUUCCCCUUUGUGGAGACAUCCCAUGCUGUGCUACAGUAAAGAUGGGCUUUGUGCCUCCCUUACCACGCUGCCCUCAGAAGCCCUGCAGACGGAAGCCCUCAAGCUCUUCAAGUCCUGCCAGUUGUUCAUCAAUGUACCUGUAGAGGCUGCCUCUGUGGAGUAUCAUGUGUCCCUGGCCCAGACAGCUUUGCAGGUGUGCCUGGUUCACCCUGAGCUGCAGAGUGAACUCUACUGCCAACUCAUCAAGCAAACCAGCUGUCACCCCCCACAGAAACAUUCCCUCUUGCAGUGCUGGCAACUCCUGGCUCUGUGUGCUCCCCUUUUUCUGCCUCAGCAUCACUUCCUUUGGUACAUCAAACAGCAGCUCCAGCGCCACGCAGAUCCCAGAAGUGAAACUGGACAAUAUGCAACCUACUGCCAGCGGGCAGUGAAACGGACCUUGAAGGCUGGGGAACGGGAAGCUAAGCCAUCUCGCAUGGAAGUGGUGUCCAUUCUACUACGCAACCCCUACCACCACUCCCUGCCCUUCAGCAUCCCUGUGCAUUUUGUCAAUGGGACAUACCAGGUGGUAGGUUUUGAUGGCUCCUCUACUGUGGAUGAGUUCCUUCAUCGGCUGAACCAGGAAACAGGAAUGAGAAAGACAUCCUACUCUGGCUUUUCACUCUUCACAGAUGAUCCUUCUGGCAAAGAUCUGGAGCACUACCUGCAAGGAAGUGUUAAGAUUUGUGAUGCCAUUUCCAAGUGGGAACAAUCGCUGAGAGAGCUUCAUCCUGCGAAGUCUGAGGGCAGCAAUCGGAUUGUGAAGCUGAUUUAUAAGAACAGGCUCUAUUUCCGGCAUCAGGUUAAAGGGGAAACUGAGCAGGAGCGGCUUCUGCUUGCCUUCCAGGUCAACAAUGAGAUCACUGCUGGGAGAUUUCCAGUCAACAAGGAACUGGCUCUUGAGAUGGCUGCAUUGAUGGCCCAGGUAGAAUAUGGGGAUUUGGAGAAGCCUAACCUUCCUGGUCCUAUGGGAACAGCUCCUGCCAAGGCUCAGCAUCUCCUCCAAUUGGUCCUAGAUAGGUUCUACCCCAGGAGAUAUAGAUAUGGUGCCCCAUCUGAACAGCUGAGACACCUGGUAGACACCCUGGCCUCAAAAUGGACAACACUGCAAGGCUGUACCUCAAGUGAGUGCAUCCGUACUUACUUGACCGUGGCUCGAAAGUGGUCGUUGUUUGGUGCUAAACUCUUUGCUGCUCAGACCACCCAGCAUUCUACCAAGAGGAACACUCUGGUGUGGAUUGCUGUGAAUGAAGAUGGCAUCAGUAUCCUGGACCACAAUACAAUGCAAAUUCAAGCCACUCACCCCUACUCCUUGGUGAUGACCUUUGGUGGGUAUCAGGAUGAUUUUAUGAUUGUGAUCAGAACUGUUCUUGAUAAGAGUUCUAGUAAAGGCAAAAUUGAGAAGCUGAUCUUCCAGAUGGCACUUCCCAAGAUUGCAGAGGUGACAUUCAUGAUGGCCAGUUACAUGAACCACUGUUCUACAGUCUCACCCUCAUCUACAAAUACACCUGCUAUUCGAUACCUUCAAGAAGUGGAUGGAAAACAGUUCCUUGCUUCUGCCUCACAUAGCAGCAAAGGGCCAACACUUAUAUGAAUAUCUUUCCUUUACUUGUUCCCUGUAAUCUUUGUGCCUGUGGACUUGGUGACAUCUUGCUGAGUGCCUGCUUCUACUAUGAACUAACUCCCUCCUUACCCUUGUGCCCAUUUCAAAUUCUUACCAAUUCUGCAGGCAGAUGACAAUGUCUAUAAUGUCUUUCAUUAUAUGUUUAUAUAUGUGUGCUAUGUUUCAGGCCUAUACUUUCCUAAAUUUAAACCCAAAUGACAAAGGUCAGGUACCCAACCUCUUCUCACAAUAAUGGCCUAACUGAAAGCAAUUCUACUAGACUCCCAUGAGAAGUCAGGGUUCUGUACAUCCAGAAUCCAGAACACUGCCCUUGAAAAGGAAAAUACCUCCUAAAUCUUACAUUUUCUCUGCAGUCAGAAUUUUAAAUUGGAGUAAUUUUCUCACACAUUCACUUCAGAUUUGAUGAUAAAACUAACCUCUGCAGAGUUUGUGGCAAAGGCCUAGAGCCUACCACCAACAGACUUUAAGGCUGAUAGGGUAGCAUGAAAUGGGAAAAAAAAAUGGACUUUUUCCUUGCUUCUGGGAAGGAGCACUACGCCUUAUUUCUCAGUAUCUAACCCAACCUGAGGCAGAAGAGUAGGAACUACAGAGAAGGACAAGGGGUACACCCAGGCUCCAAAAAAGGAAAAGAAACACAAUUCCUUACAUAGGAAUGAGUGGAUGUUUGCAGUGCCUCAUGUGGCAGUUGUAAUAUCGUUGUAUGAUGAUGUCCUUAAUCAUAGUAGGGACUGAGAUUGCUGUACACUGGACUGUGGGCAAACUUCACUGCCCUACAUUGUUCCAGGACCCUUACCAGAUUAUCUCCUCAGGUCUGGGUUUAAUCACUGGACCAAAUGCUUUAGAAAUAAGCAUUCAUUACUGUAGGAUAGGGUUCUACACACUGAUUUCUCCCUGGUCUUUGAAGGUCCAAAUGAAUACACAAUGUGCUUUUUUUGCUCACUGGGACAUAUAAAUACCUUUAUCUCUUUUUAAGUCCAUCUUAGAAUCAAUGCUAUGUAUUGGUUCCAAGGCAGAAGAGCAGUAAGGACUAGACAA